GUUUAGUGGAAGCCAAAAUGCUACGUCUAUAUGAAGAAUCACAGGCCUAUACAAUUCAUUCUGCAUUGGUUGGGGACUUCGUAGGAGUACUAAGGACGUAAUAAUUAGCCAAAUUACUGUUUUUAUAUACUCAUACAGAAUUACAGAUAGUUGAAAUUAGUAGGACCAUGGGAUUCACUGAGAUAUGGCUGCUACUGAUUACAUUGACACUAGUGAAGGCCUCCAUAAAUUCAGCAAACACAAAUCAGAAUUUUACUCUGCCUUCAAAUUGUCGCAACCAAACAUGUGGGGAUAUUAAAAUUGAGUAUCCGUUUGGCAUCGGCAAUGGUUGCUUUUAUGCUGCUGAAUUUAAUCUUACUUGUUCAUAUGAUUCCGAUCCUCCAAGACUCCUAUUGGGGGAUAGCAAUUUACAAGUAAAGGACUUUGAUAUGAAUGUGCCAUUGGUUUACAUUGAAUCACCAUAUGUCAUAUUGGAUGUAGAUAAGGAGUCGAUCAACACCACACUAAUCGACCUCAAGAAUUUGCCAUUCUCUAUGAAUAGACAAUUUUAUUUUCAACAAGCAUCCCGGUCGAUAACAAAUACAAACUUCUUGUACGUGCUUGGUUGCAAUGCUACUGCUAGCAUAGUUGAUCUUGUAACCAAUAGCAUCGUGGCUGCUUGCUCAUCAAUAUGCACUUCCAAUAAUACUUCAACAAUUGAUUAUGGAUUUACGUCUGGCAAUGGAUUCUGUAGUAUUGAUUUGUGGUACCUGAAAUCUAACCAGACUUCAUUGGCUAUUCAAUUAUCUCGCGCCAAUGAGAAUGAGAAUGAGAAUGAGAAUAGUGAUAUGACUACCAACAUCACAGCCAUCUUAUGCACUGAAUGUGAUCCCCUUGAUGAAACGGAAUUCGAAAGAUUUAUAAGAAGGGAAAACAAAACAAGAGCAGAGAUCUCUCUCUAUUGGUACAUCAAUAAUGACCGUCGUCUUUCGUGUAAAGAGGCCAAGAAUUAUUCAGCCACUUAUGCUUGUCGCAGUCCGAAUAGUGACUGCUACGACGUCUACGACUUCUCCGAUACUGACGAAUUUUAUGGAUAUAUUUGUCAAUGCCCUUUGGAUUAUUACGGAAAUCCAUACUUACCGGAUGGUUGUCAAUUAGAUACAAAUUUUACACAUAUUCCUGCAAAGGAUUGUCCAAACAAAUGUGGAAAUAUCACAGUCUCUUUUCCAUUUGGUUUAAAGGAGAAGUGUUAUCGAUCACAAGAGUUUGCCCUAUCAUGCAAUGAGUCAACUCAGCCUCCAACUCUCCUUUAUGAUAACAAUUUCAAAGUGAAUGCAAUUUCAUUAGAGGAUGUGCAAUUGGAGCUGCUACAAUAUGAUGAACGAUAUGGAUUACUAUCCGAGAAAUAUUUCCCUUCAAGUAAAGAACAAGUCAUCUAUAAUUGGGUAGUUGGCUAUGAUACUUGCGACGAUGUGAAGAACAAGAGCGCCUUUGCAUGUCUCGCUCAACACAGCUCUUGUUUGGACGUGAAUAUCACAAAAGAUGAUGGAAGGUACGAGCAUUCAGCAUAUGCAUAUCGAUGCGAAUGCAUUGGAGGCUACGAGGGAAACCCUUACAUUGAUGAUGGAUGUCAAGAAAUCGGCCCAUGCAAUUCUUCUUCAAAUGUUUGCAAAGGAAUUUGCACAAACAUAAAAGGUGGUUUCAAUUGUACAUGUCCCUUGGGAACAUCAGGAGAUCCUCUAACUGGACCGUGCAUCCCAAACAAAAAGAAAAUUCUUUUGUUAGGGGUCCUUGUUGGUGCAAGCAGUGGAAUAUUUCUUUUGUUCUUAUGCAUUACGUUGGUCAUCCUAAAUAGGAAGUGGAAGGAAAGAUAUCAAAAGAAAAUAAGACAAAGAAAUUUUCAUCAGAAUCAUGGUUUAUUGCUUCAACAGCUAAUCUCCACGAACGAACAUGUUAAGGAGAAAACAAAUAUAUUUUCUUUGGAAGAAAUAGAAAAGGCAACAAACAAUUUUGAUGAAACUCGAGUACUUGGAAGGGGAGGACAUGGAAUCGUCUACAAAGGAAUUUUAUCUGAUCAAAGAGUUGUUGCCAUAAAAAAAUCAAAAACGGUUAAAAAGAGUGAGAUUGACCAAUUCAUAAAUGAGAUAGUUCUUCUUUCUCAGAUAAAUCAUAGAAAUGUAGUUAAGUUAUUUGGAUGUUGCUUGGAAACUGAAGUUCCUUUAUUAAUUUAUGAAUUUAUCACAAAUGGAGCCCUUUCAGAUCAUCUUCAUGUUGUGCAAGGUGAAUCUAAAUUAUCAUGGGAUGAUCGUCUCAGGAUCGCCACAGAAUCUGCAGGAGCACUUGCCUAUCUACACUCAGCUGCUUCUAUAUCUAUUUUCCAUAGGGAUGUCAAAUCAUCAAAUAUUCUUUUAGAUGAUACUUUAAGGGCAAAGGUAUCGGACUUUGGAGCAUCAAAAUUUAUUCCUCUUGAUCAAACACACAUAGUUACUGUCAUACAUGGCACCUUGGGUUACUUGGAUCCGGAGUAUUAUCAAACUUGUCAAUUGACGGAAAAGAGUGAUGUCUAUAGCUUUGGAGUUAUUCUUCUUGAGCUUUUAACAGGAAAGAAACCGAUCUACUUAACCAACAUUGGGUCACAACAAAAUCUAGCAAUUAAUUUCCUUCAAACAACAAGAGAGAAGAUGCCCUUUAAGCUCAUAGAUGAUUGUAUUUUGCAAGAAGGAACAGAGCAAGAGCUUCUUGAAAUGAGUAGUUUGAUAGAAAUGUGUCUAAGUUUGAAAGGAGCGCAAAGGCCUACAAUGAAAGAAGUUGAGUAUAAAUUGCAAGGCAUAAGAAGGACAAGAAUGAAAAAGAAAGGACUUUGUAUUCCGGAAAGCAACGAGGAAACAGAAUGCUUAGUCACCCUUUCAUCUUCCUCUUCUUCAGAAUUGGCAAACCAAAUAAAUCAAGAAAAUUCCAGAAAUUAUAGCUCAGAGAAAGAAUUCAUGUAGUCACAAAAUUAUCCACGGUAAGCUUAUUUAUGCAUAUGCAAGUUCAUGUACAAUAUGCAUCCAUGUGUAAUAUAUCAUCGUGAACUUUAUUUACUUAAUUUUGUAGAUGUUGAUGUAUUUGCUAUCUAAUA